AUGUCUGAUCCCACGUGUUUUAAAUUUACCGUCAAUAGCAACAUUGAUAGAAACGAUGUUCGUACGUGGCUGCAAACAUUCGGACCAACGUACCAGGUAUUCGUUGCACCCUACGCCCCUGACGUUGUGAACGUAAAAUACAAGGAAGCGAGUUCUGCCAUGAAUGCGAAGAGGGCAUUGCAGGUUGAUCGGCGCGUGGCUUCUAUAGAACCAAUGGACAACUGGCCCUUUCAUAAACGAAGUGCGGAGUCCUCGUCGAGUGAGCAGAAAUCAAAAUCCAGCUCAAAAUCGUCUGAUCCCGUGUCUCAAGAUAGCACCAUGAGGGAAGAUUUGCUGGACGGAUGCGUGAAAUGCCGUAAGAUUGAUGCGGGUUUCAUGUGCGGCAUUUGUUUUGCUUCGUACUGCAGCCAAAAAUGCCGCGAUGAUGAUUUUGCUAAACAUCGCAAAAUCUGUAAGGCACCCUUGAUAAUAAAACAUCGACCGCACCCAAGUUUGUACUCCGAUGGAGAGCCGAAGGCGAAGAGCCAACAGCAGGAGAAGGAACAAAAAGUUAAAAAAGUAAAUCAGCCGUCGCCAAAACCAAACACAGAGCAGUUCGAACAGAAGUCGGAGGCAAAGGCAGCUGGUCAUGUGGCCGUGUCGAAUGGGCCCAAGAAAAACCCGGCGACAGAGAAACGCGUACCGCAGAAAAAUAUCGAAAACGAGCCACAAGUAAAGCAGCAGCCGCAGCAAGAGCAACUCAAGAAAGUAAAACAGGCUUUGGAAGAGCUACAGAACAAACCGCAAACUCCGAUUCUUCCGGAAAAAACGUCAAAUCGUGCUGCCGUGCCGGAGAAUACAAAGAAAACGGUGCAACAGGAACAACAACAAAAGCGAGAGCAGAAUCAGGUGCCUGAUCCUACACAAGCAUCCAAUGCUUCUCCGCAACAACCAUCCAAUGCUUCUCCGCAACAACCGUCCUCGACGCUAUUGAAGAGAAUGCAAAAGAAGGCAGCGACGACGAAGCGGACCAUUGCAUACGAUCCAUUCCCGCCGGUUGGCAGCAAGGUGGCCAUUUCGUCCGUUUCGAACAAAUUGCUGCACAUUCACGAGGUGUACGGUGGGAACGAUGAUCCGUUCCUGAGUUUCAUAACGCGUUGCAUGAAGCAUGCGGAUGAGAUAGAUGAGCUACUGCAGCAGCCACCGCAAGAGGGUGACAUUGUGUUCGCUCCGUUUGACGAUUGUUUCUACCGUGCCGUCGUCACGAAGGUCGAGGGAAACGAUGGUACCGUGGUGUUUCCAGAUUUUGGAAACUUGGUAACCCUCCCUUGGCGCCAGAUGAAGGAAAUUCGCGACGCUUCUGUGAAGUAUGCCAACUGCCUAACGCAUGCCGUUGCCCUUCGUGAAGGAGCGCCGUUUUCAACGGCUGUGGAACACUUCCUCAACGAGCUGGUCGAGGCGCACCAGUUUGAGUUAACGCUUGUGGAGGACGGUCCCACGUCGGGUGUCAAAACGGUGGAGUUGCGUCACGUCGAGUCACAGUAUCUUUUGGGCGCCAAAGUGCGUUCCAUGACAACCCCGGCGGUGAAAACGAUCAAGCUCGAGGCAACGGAUCCUGCAACGUACAAACCAGUUUACGAAAGUGAGUUCGAUGAAGCUUCCCUCCGGUCGGACAUUCAACAGCACGAGGAACAAGAGCUCGUCAUAGUGGAAGCGUCCGAGUUUGCCACCAGCCAUCAGGUUGGAGCAAUCUUGGCCAAGUCCGAGGCUGCUUUCGCCAACAUGAUGCGGGAGUGCCAAGAGUACGGCCAGUUGGAUCGGAACGAGUACUUAGGAGAGCCCGAACAUAACUAUGGUUGUUUGGUAAACUACGAAGGCGCCUGGAUCCGGGCGGUCAAACUAACUGCGGACUGUGAAAAUCAAUUCUUUUUGAUAGACCUGGGACUCUUUUCCCAGCUUGACAAAUCGUGCCCCAAGCGCCGAUACCCCCCAGGUCUCACACGGAAGCUUUUCUGUUCGGAAUAUCAUAUAGAAAAUACCGAUUUUCUAACCAAAGAGAUGAUAGGAAGCAGCAAUUUGACCGAUGAUUUGCGCGGCAUGAAGGUUAAAGCAAAGGUGUACUUUGAUGAAGAAUCUGAACUAUUUCGUAUGAAAAUCAUUUCUAUCAUUAAACGCUAAACGCAGAAAUCGU